AUGGUGGAAAAUAAUAAAGGUAUAAAUUCAUCAUCUUCAUCAACAAAUUCAUCAACAAAUUCAUCACCAUCAAUAUCAACAUCCUCAUCUUCAUCAUCUUUAACGACUUUUGAAAUACAACAACAACAGCAACAUGAACUUAAUGGUUUAAUAAAUAAUUUAUCAUCAAACACAAAUUCAAUCGAUUUACAUAUAACAAAUGAAGGUGCAAGUGGUAGCCAUAAUAAUAAUAACAAUAAUAAUAGUAAUAAUACUAGUGUUAAUAUUAAUAAUAGUAACAUUAAUUCAAAUAAUAACACACCAUCAUCAUCACCCCCUAAAUUUAAUCCAAAAGAUAGACCAAUUUCAUUACCUAAUCAAUCGGCACCAAUUAAACAUUUUGCAUUAGAUAUUGGCGGUACAUUGGCAAAGUUAGUUUAUUUUGUUCAAAAUAAAGAUAAAUCAAAUGUAAAUGAAAUAGGCGGUAAAUUACAUUUUAUUAAAUUUAGAACCAAAGAUAUAGAUCUUUGUUUAGAUUUUAUUAUAGAAAAUAAUUUACAUAUUGAAGAUGGUAAACCUAAAGAUGUUAGAGUAACAGGUGGUGGUGCAUUUAAGUAUUCAGAACUUUUUGAAAAUAGAUUAGGUUGUAAAUUAAUUAAAGAGGAUGAGAUGCAAUGUUUAAUUUGGGGUACCAACUUUUUACUUAAUAAUAUUAAAAAAGAAUCAUUCACAUAUUCAACCACACCAAAUGCGAUAUCUCCAAAAGAAUUUAUAGAUAAAACCGAUGAUCAAUAUCCAUUUUUAUUAGUAAAUAUUGGAUCAGGUGUAAGCAUUAUUAAAGUAGAUAGUCCAACUAGUUUUCAAAGAGUUGAUGGUACCAGUUUAGGAGGUGGCACAUUUUUUGGGCUUUGUAGUUUAUUAACAGGGGUUACUGAUUAUGACGAAAUGUUAGAAUUAACAAGAAAUGGCGAAUCAAAUACAGUGGAUUUGGUUGUAGGUGAUAUCUAUGGUACAGAUUAUUCUAAAAUAGGUUUAUCAUCAGAUACUAUUGCAAGUAGUUUUGGUAAAAUUAUUUACAAGAAUCCAGACGGUGAAAAACUCGACGAUAUUAAAAAAGAAGAUAUAGCCCAAAGUUUAUUAAAAAUGGUAUCAAAUAACAUAGGUCAAAUCGCUUAUUUAAAUUCACAACGUUAUGGGUUAAAUAAAAUUUAUUUUGGAGGCUUCUUUAUCAGAGAUCAUCCCAAUACUAUGCAACGUAUUUCUUUUGCCAUAGAUUUCUGGUCCAAAGGUAAAACAAAAGCUAUGUUUUUGGUGCACGAUGGUUAUUUAGGUGCAUUAGGUGCAUUUUUAGCUCCAGAGCCAAAGGAGGAAUCAGAAUCGACAUGCAUCAGCGAAGAUAGUUCAGUUGCCGAAUCAACUUCAGAGUUGGUAAAUAAAUCUUGGUGGAAACGUACUACUAAUGAACUUUCAAAAUUAUUUUCAAAAUCUACAUCAAUUACAACUAAUUCAACCACUGUAAAUAAUAAUUCAACAAUGACAUCAUCAACAACAACAACAACCACAUCUACAAGAAUAUCCCAUGAUCAAAAUAUAUGCGAGUGCGGUUGCGAAUCAUCUUUUGAUUUUUAAAAGUUAAAAUUCAAAAUAAAAAAAGG